AUGGAGUGUAAGUUGCGAGAUAUUUCACAGGAACCGAAGGUAUUUCGGGAAGAACAGCUGCAAAAAUGUGUUUUUGGUAAAAAUGCAUUUAUCCUGGAUGAUAGCUUCAAUGGUACCACGAUUUUUGUACCAUGGAGACUUCAUAAACCCAUAGAAGAGCUUUUCCAGAGCUACGCAGACUCUGGUGUUAUGCAUACUGAUCAGUUUAUCAGCCUGGUGGACAAGGCUUCAUUGUUCCCAACAUUUCAGAAUAAGCGCAAGAAGGAAGAUAUUGUAAAUGUAAUACUCGAAAGAACCAACAAAAAUGACCAGGGACUACUUUUUGAGGACUUUUUGUUUGCUUUGCAUUUACUUGCUCGAUACAGAGCAUCUGUACUUCGUUUGACUGUGCAAUCUUCAUUCAAUCACAUGCUGUCUAGCCUCAUCAAUCUGAACAAGGAAAAAGAGACCUCUGAACCCUCGGAUACAAGUACUGCUGGAAAGGUGGAUUCUCUACCUCAAUCUAGAAAUUCGAGUAUAGAUUCUACUGUUAGAACAGAAAACGAAUCCCAGUCACAAGAGGAACCAGCUGAAACUCAAGAUGCGGAGUCCGUCACGGAUACAAUUACAGCAAAGGAUCCUAUUGAAAUUUUGCGUUCUAAAUCAAAAGAUCAUUCAUCAUCCGCAUAUAAAUCUCUAGAGAUUCACCUUUCUGAGCUUAUAAAGGCACUUAACGACAGCGGAGUGCAUGCAGAAAAUCGCAACUUACAGGAGAGGUUAAAUGAAGAAAUGGAGCUUAGGAGGAACGCUGAAUUGGAUUCAAUGAAUAGGCAACGUAAGCUUGAAGAGGAGUCGUUAGAAGUUAAAAAGGAUCUACUUUCAAAAGAAUCAUCUAUAUACAGUUUGGAGCGCACUGUAGACAACCUAAAGGAGGAAUUAGAACGCUUAACAGCUAUGAAGGAAGAAUCCGAAAACAAACUGAACAUAAUCAUAUCUGAUUUGGAGAAGAAAGUUGGUGACUUAGAUAACGAGCUGGAACGACGUAAAUUGGAGGUGAAACUCAAGCAGGAAAUGCAGGAGAAAUUGAUUUUGGAUUCGGAAGAUGAGGUUAAGCUCUUUUCCAUUUUCUGCGUAUAUAGAGAUGAAUUACCUGUUAAUGGCGAAUUUGUUGUAUCUGAGAAUAGUUGUAUAGCAUUUUGUCUCGACUUCGGCUUAGGUGAUUCAGAUUCACCGAGAGAAUCACAUGCGGAACCGAAAGCAAAACAAGCGUACGACAAGGUUUCUGGACAAUCUGUAAAUGGCCACUUAACCUAUAUAUUAUUCAAGGAAUUUCUCAUGCAGCUUUCUCUAUUAUUUAAACCAGAGUUAACCCCCAGGGAAGGAUUUAAAUUUAUUGUCUAG